GUUAUUGUCAUUGCUGUUGCAUUUCCUUAUAAUGUCUAUACUACUGUUUCCUUGGGUAAAGUAUUUCGGGUAUGGUAUCAUUUGGAUCCAACCGAGAGGUGAACUUGCCUGUCUGCUACCCAAGGUAUGAUCCCCGACAUCGUGAAAUGAAUAUUAAGUCGCGUAACAUGGAUUCAUGUUUACUACUGGUGGGUUGAGUAUAUUUGUUUAAGGACACCACUGGCAACCUGUAGAUAUAGUGUCAUAGUUGUUCCCAUCAAUAUACUCCCCAUGCAUUGUUGUCGUUAAAACCAGCAUCGGACAUGACUGCUGAAAUUGAGCCAUGUUUACAUUGCAAUGGAGGAGUCUAAAGCUUGGGAAUGUUCCCUCUGUGCUCAAGACUAGAUCAGCAAUUGGAAAAGGGCAGCUCCGACUCUCUAAAUGGCACCACAUACUGGGAUAUGACCGACCAUUGGAAGAAACAUGUCAAUUAGAAUUAAUUCCCUUCCAAGAGAAUAACGACCGCCUAACUUCGCUAUUCUGGCAUUCAUCUGCACAUGUUCUUGGCAUGUCUCUUGAGGCUAAAUAUGGACCACGCCUUCUUUUAUGUGAUGGCCCUUCUAUCAAGCAGGGGGAGAAUUGGAUCGGGAUCCAAAAUCGCCAAACACUGACUCGGAUAAAACUGAAGCUGAAAAGAGGGAUCACCGUAUUAUUUGGCAAGAAUCAGGGGCUAUUUGCAACACAUCCAACAAGUCCAGGAUCUGCGUUCAUGUUGCCACAUGGAACUAGGAUUGUAGAGAAGCUGAUGCGGUUUAUGAGACAGCAAUAUCGCAAAUAUGGCUUCGAAGAAGUGAUGACCCCAUUGAUGUACAAGAAGGAGCUGUGGGAGACUUCGGGACAUUGGCAGAACUACAAGGACGAUAUGUUUCAGCCAAUGAAUUGUCCUGGUCAUUGUUUGAUUUUUGAUAUGUCGAACCGAUCAUAUAAGGAUUUACCUAUUCGCUAUGCUGACUUUAGUGCUCUUCACAGGUAUGCUGCUAUCAUUAGCUUUAAAGUCCUCCUCAUAUUUUUGGUCUUAUAUGACGCCCAUAUCUUUUACUGGAAUGCCGCAGAAGACUCACUCCGUCAGGCAUUGGACCAAUCGGGGCUCUCCUGGUCUGUUAAUGAAGGCGAUGGUGCGUUUUAUGGACCCAAGAUUGAUAUUCUGGUCAAAGAUGCGCUCGGUCGACGGCAUCAGACUGCUACGAUUCAAUUGGACUUCCAGUUGCCACAGAGAUUUGGAUUGGUAUUUCAGGAUCAAAAGGGUGAGAAGCAGACUCCUGUGAUUGUACAUCGUGCAGUGUUAGGAAGCGUGGAGAGAAUGAUGGCGAUUUUGAUUGAGCAUACAGGUGGCAGGUGGCCAUUCUGGAUCUCACCAAGGCAGGCCAUGGUUGUGCCAGUAACAGGGAACAGUAACAGUAGUGAUGAAGGUUACAAUGGUGAAAAAAGUGAAAGCACAACAAACCAUGGCGAAUCAUUAAUAGGAUAUGCCGCCUAUGUCAAAGAGACCCUGGCGAAAGCAGGACGAACGCCAAGUAAUACAUCAAAGUAUGCUAUAGGCAAGCAGUUAGAAACUGGAAAAGAUCCCGUUGUUGCGAUGGAUGACAAGCACUACUUUGUGGAUAUUGAUCAAUCAGGAGGAACACUCAACAAAAUGGUCCGAGAUGCACAAGUAGCUCAAUAUAACUUUAUUUUAGUGAUUGGUGAGAAAGAGAAGGAGCGGUGCACAGUGAAUGUACGGACGAGAGAAGGAGAACGAUAGGUGAGAUGACAAUACCAGAAACUCUCAAGUUAUUCAAGGAGCGUGAAGACUUGUUUAUGUAGAUAAAAG